CGCGGGGAGGGAGCGCUGCGCCGCGCCGCGGUGCGCAUCGCGGCCCACUUGCCGCCUGCCCCCUGCCCUAGUUGGGCCACCUCCCCCGGCUGCCGGUGGAGGGCUACAAGGCGCUAACGUUACGCUGUUUCCGGUUUUCCAGAGGGCUCUGUUUCCCCUCCCAAGGCGGCGGCGGCUGAGCGGCAGAGCCCCCCAAAUGGCCUGGCCAGAUGCGGCAGGUUUGCUGCUCAGCGCUGCCGCCGCCACUGGAGAAGGCUCGGUGCAGCAGCCACAGCGACAGCAGCAGCAGCAGCAGCAGCACCAGCAGCAGCAGCAGCACCAGCAGCAGGAGCGGCAGCAGAAGCAGCAGCAGCAGCGAGAGCGGCAGCAGCAGCAGAAGGAGCAGCAGGAGCAGCAGCAGCAGCAGCGGCAGCGGCAACAGCAGCAUCUCCCGUCCGGGGGCGCCCCCAGAGCCGCGGCCGCAGCCACAGCCGCAGCCCCGCAGCCCCGCAGCCCAGAGAGCCGCCGCCCGCUCGCGAGCCUCAGCCGCCGGCGGCAUGAGGCGCGACCCAGCCCCCGGCUUCUCUAUGCUGCUCUUUGGUGUGUCGCUCGCCUGCUACUCGCCCAGCCUCAAGUCGGUGCAGGACCAGGCGUACAAGGCACCCGUGGUGGUGGAGGGCAAGGUACAGGGACUGGCCCCAGCCGGCGGCUCCAGCACUAACAGCACCCGCGAGCCGCCCGCCUCGGGUCGGGUGGCACUGGUGAAGGUGCUGGACAAGUGGCCGCUCCGGAGCGGGGGGCUGCAGCGCGAGCAGGUGAUCAGCGUGGGCUCCUGCGUGCCGCUCGAAAGGAACCAGCGCUACAUCUUUUUCCUGGAGCCCACAGAGCAGCCCUUAGUUUUUAAGACAGCAUUUGCCCCGGUCGACCCUAACGGUAAAAACAUCAAGAAAGAGGUGGGCAAAAUCCUGUGCACUGACUGCGCCACCCGGCCCAAGCUGAAGAAGAUGAAGAGCCAAACGGGACAGGUGGGUGAGAAGCAGUCACUGAAGUGCGAGGCAGCAGCAGGGAACCCUCAGCCCUCUUACCGCUGGUUCAAGGACGGCAAGGAGCUCAACCGCAGUCGUGAUAUCCGCAUCAAGUAUGGCAAUGGCAGAAAGAACUCACGACUACAGUUCAACAAGGUGAAGGUGGAGGAUGCUGGGGAGUACGUCUGUGAGGCUGAGAACAUCCUUGGGAAGGACACCGUGAGGGGCCGGCUCCAUGUAAACAGCGUGAGCACCACUCUGUCAUCAUGGUCGGGGCAUGCCCGGAAGUGCAACGAGACAGCCAAGUCCUAUUGUGUAAAUGGAGGCGUGUGCUACUACAUCGAGGGCAUCAACCAACUCUCCUGCAAAUGUCCAAAUGGAUUCUUCGGACAGAGAUGUUUGGAGAAACUGCCUUUGCGAUUGUACAUGCCAGAUCCUAAGCAAAAGGCAGAGGAGCUGUACCAAAAGAGGGUCCUCACUAUCACUGGCAUCUGCGUGGCUCUGCUGGUCGUGGGCAUCGUCUGUGUGGUCGCCUACUGCAAGACCAAAAAACAGCGGAAACAGAUGCAUAACCACCUCCGGCAGAACAUGUGCCCAGCCCAUCAGAACCGAAGCUUGGCUAAUGGACCCAGUCACCCCCAGCUGGACCCUGAGGAGAUCCAGAUGGCAGAUUACAUCUCCAAAAAUGUGCCAGCCACAGACCACAUCAUCCGGCGGGAAACUGAGACCACCUUCUCUGGGAGCCACUCCUGUUCACCUUCUCACCACUGCUCCACAGCCACGCCCACCUCCAGCCACAGACAUGAGAGCCACACAUGGAGCCUCGAACGUUCUGAAAGCCUGACCUCUGACUCCCAGUCAGGCAUCAUGCUGUCAUCAGUAGGCACCAGCAAGUGCAACAGCCCAGCGUGUGUGGAGGCACGGGCACGGCGGGCAGCAGCCUACGGCCAGGAGGAGCGGCGCAGGGCUGCCAUGCCACCCUACCAUGACUCCAUAGACUCCCUUCGUGACUCUCCACACAGUGAGAGGUAUGUGUCGGCCCUGACCACGCCCGCGCGCCUCUCGCCCGUGGACUUCCACUACUCGCUGGCCACACAGGUGCCGACGUUCGAGAUCACUUCCCCCAACUCCGCGCACGCCGCGUCGCUACCGCCCGCCGCGCCCAUCAGCUACCGCCUGGCGGAGCAGCAGCCGCUCCUGAGGCACCAGGCACCCCCUGGCCCCGGGCCCGGGCCCAGCGCGGACAUGCAACGCUAUGACAGCUACUACUACCCGACCGCGGGGCCGGGGCCGCGGCGCGGGGCCUACGCGCUAGGCGGCAGCCUAGGCAGCCUGCCCGCCAGCCCCUUCCGAAUCCCCGAGGACGACGAGUACGAGACCACGCAGGAGUGCGCGCCCCCGCCGCCGCCGCGCACGCGCGGCGCGUCCCGGAGGACGUCGGCGGGACCCCGGCGCUGGCGGCGCUCGCGCCUCAACGGGCUGGCGGCGCAGCGCGCACGCGCGGCGCGGGACUCGCUGUCGCUGAGCAGCGGGUCGGGCUGCGGCUCGGCCUCCGCCUCGGACGACGACGCAGAUGACGUGGACGGGGCGCUGGCGGCCGAGAGUACGCCUUUCCUCGGCCUGCGAGCGGCGCACGACGCGCUGCGCUCGGACUCGCCGCCGCUGUGCCCGGCGGCAGACAGCAGGACUUACUACUCGCUGGACAGCCACAGCACCAGGGCCAGCAGCAGACACAGCCGCGGGCCGCCCCCGCGGGCCAAGCAGGACUCGGCCCCCCUCUAGGGCCCCUUCGCCGCCCUCCCCACUGUCUCUAAGGAGAGCAGAGACCACCAACUGGAGAGAGAAAAGGAGGGAAAAAAGAAAUAAAAAUAUUUUUAUUUUCUAUAAAAGGAAAAAAGUAUAACAAAAUGUUUUAUUUUCAUUUUAGCAAAAAUUGUCUUAUACUAGCUAACGGCAAAGACGUUUUUAUAGGGAAACUAUUUAUAUGUAACAUCCUGAUUUACAGCU